AUGAAACAAUGUAAAAGUCGGAACCAGGUGAAGAUGAAACCAUGUAAAAGUCAGAACCAGGUGAAGAUGAAACCAUGUAAAAGUAAGAACCAGGUGAAGAUGAAACCAUGUAAAAGUCAGAACCAGGUGAAGAUGAAACCAUGUAAAAGUAAGAACCAGGUGAAGAUGAAACCAUGUAAAAACGCCUCUCCACGGACCUGCCCCUCUCCUCCUCCUGCCCCUCCCCCUCUCCUCCACCUGACCCUCUCCUCCUCCUGCCCCUCUCCUCCACCUGACCCUCUCCUCCUCCUGCUCCUCUCCUCCUCCUGCCCCUCUCCCUCCUCCUGCCCCUCUCCCUCCUCCUGCCCCUCUCCCUCCUCCUGCCCCUCUCCCUUCUCCUGCCCCUCUCCCUUCUCCUGCCCCUCUCCCUUCUCCUGCCCCUCUCCCUCCUCCUGCCCCUCUCCCUCCUCCUGCCCCUCUCCUCCACACUGA